AUGGAUCUUACACAAGGAGCGCCUCAGGGCUGUGAGGCAACGACUUCCUUUCUCCACACAGAGAGCAAGGUAGAGCCCACGUGGCUGGAAGUGCCUAUGCCCUGGUAUGCGAAGGUCCUCAGCUGGCUGCUGAGUUUGGCACAACUGCCGCAUAGUGUGGCACUUGUCCCCGACGGCAACAGGAGGUGGGCCAAGCAGCGAGCUGCACCCCUGUACGAAGGACACAUCCGUGGCGUCUUCAACAUUCAAAAGUUCCAGGCUGCAGCGAUCGCAUUAGGCAUACUCCAGUCAUCCGUCUACGCAUUCAGCGUCAGAAACCUAAUGAGGCCUGAAGACCAGAAACGCUACAUUUUCAACAUCAUGGGUGUCAUCGCUGGUAACAUCAUUAAGAACUGGGAACUCUACCAGAAGAAGAGAUGGUCCGUGAUGAUUCCGGGCGACGUUGACCUUCUUUCAGAUGAUGUCCGCAAACGCAUAGCCACGGCGGAGUUGUUGACUCAUCAGACAAGAGCCGAAGCGCAGAUAUUCUAUGCCGCAUCAUACUCAUCGCAACAUCAGAUGUCUAGAAUGGCACUCACCCUCUGCCACGCUGUCAAAGAAGGCCUGUUGGAACCCCGCGACAUAACUGCAAGUCUGAUCGACCGCUACAUCGAAAUCGAAGAUGGCCCCAUGAUCGACUGUUACCUGCGGACAUCUGGCGAACGCAGGCUGAGCGAUUUCAUGACCUGGCAGUCCGAACGUGCAGCCAUCUACUUCCUGACAAAGAAUUUCCCCGAUUUCGUUUUGCUGGACAUGUUCAAGAUGAUGCUUCACUAUUCAGCACCUUCGUCUUCAAGAAAGCGCUUGGAGGAUUGUUACCUCAAGGUCCGGAACCGUACGGAGCGGAGGUUCAGUGUUGCGCAGAGGCUGAAGGAGCGCAAGUUCCAGUCCUGGCUGGAGGCGAAGCGACAGGCUCACCUGCGUCUCCUCGCCGGAAGCGACCAUUAA